AUGGAGGCGCUAUUAAAAGUUUUGGAGUCAUUCAAAACUGACAUAGAAAAGAAGAUAGACGGUGUCGGCGAGAGGAUUGAUUCUCUAUCAGAAGACCUUGGUGGAAGAAUGCAAGAAGCUGAGCAAAGGCUUGGCAAACAUGUUAGCCGUGGAAGAGCUGGAUGGAUGGAUAAGAGUUGGAUGCUAGCUGAUAGGAGAUCUUUGAGGUUUCAAACUGGGUUUGAAAAUUUUCUCCAAUUUGCGUCAGCAAAUGCUGCCGACAAAUCAAGUAUACGUUAUCCUUGUCUGAAGUGUUGUAACCACCAUGAAUUCACCAUUGGUGUUAUCAAGGGCCAUGUAUAUUUCAAUGGCUUUAUGACCAAUUACAGGAAAUGGUCACUUCAUGGUGAAACUUCUGCCAGGGAAGGCAAUAGUGAUGAAGAGUCUAAAUCAGUAGAUAUGCCUGAGGUUGAAGACGGUGAUGAAAGUGAGGGUGAGGAGAUGUCUUGUGACUCAGAUGAGUUCUUUAUGCUCGUAGAAGAUGGAGAUAAAGCUUUGUAUCAGGGGUGUACAAAGUCAACAAAAUUGAACGCUCUUGUAGAAAUGUUCAAUUUGAAAGCCAAGCAUGGAAUGACUGAUAGUUGUUAUUCCGACUGGCUAAUGUUGUUUGGGUCCUUGUUACUGGAUGGGAAUGAGGUACCUAACAAUUUAAAUCAAGGAAGAAAAUUUCGAUGA